AUGGGUCCUGAAAGUUUUUGGCACUUGUUAUUUGGUAAUAAAGAGUUUCUUGCAUCAUCAAAUAGUAUCAAAUGGUUGGCAAAACAUGCAUGUGGAAAUAUUAUAUUGAAUCCAUUGAUUUGUGAAAAUGUUCUAUUUAUUUUAUGUGGACCAGACAACAAAAAUCUGAAUGCUACACGAACGGAAGUUUAUAUAUCACAUGAACCGGAUGGAACAUCUGUAAAAAAUAUGAUUCAUUUUGCACAAAUGUUUCUUUCAAAACAAUUUCAAGCAUAUGAUUACGGUUCAGCAGAUAAAAAUCGAUUACAUUACAAUCAAACAACUCCACCAAUAUAUUCUAUUCGUCCAAUGAAAGUACCAACAGCGAUAUUUUCGUCAGGUGAAGAUUGGCUAGCUGAUCCGGAAGAUGUUGCUUUUAUUUUGGAUAAUAUCCAGAAUUUAGUCUAUAAGAAAUAUAUACCAGAUUAUAAUCAUCUUGAUUUUGUAUGGGCUCUAACGGCAAAUAAAGUUAUCUAUCAAGAUUUAAUUAAUCAAAUGCAAAAAUAUCAUCCGUCAAAAUAA